AAUAAAAAUACCAUUGGGUAUCAAAAAUUCCACAACUAAAAUUAUAAUCUGACUAUCAAUACUUGAUACGUGAAUUACAACCGUUAGACACAGAGUGAAAACCAAAUCUUACUCGCCUUAGUAAACACACAGCACAAUUGCCUCAGUUACUGAAACUUCCACCGUUCGCCAAGUUCGCUUCUCCCUCGAUCCUCCGAUUAGCAGGAACCUCUUUCUAAACCGCGUACACAGACGAUCCGCCGACUAUUAAAAACCCCGUAUGUCGUACAACCCGACCGACACCGGGGUAACAUCAACGACGAAGCAGCGAGCAGCCUCGACGUACGAGCGCAAGAGCGACGAAUUAAAAACAAAACGAAAAAAAAACGGGGGAACGAAACCGAGAACGGAGAGAACGGAAAUAUGACGACGAGAGAAAAAAAAAAAUAAAAGAACGAAAAGAAAGAACGCGCCCGACGCGAACGACAACAGCGACGAGGAAUAUAAACACGGACGGGUACAAAUGUUUCUUCUGCAGCAGGGUUGCGGGGUGCAGUUCAGACAUGGGAAGUGAGCAUUACUGCCUGAGGUGGAACAAUCAUCAGAGCAACUUGCUGGGUGUGUUCAGUCAACUGCUGGAGUCGGAGUCGCUGGUGGACGUGACACUGGCGUGCACGGAGGGACCCUCGAUACGUGCCCACAAGGUUGUCCUCUCCGCGUGCUCCAGCUACUUCCAGGCCCUGUUCCUCGACCACCCGAACCGCCACCCCAUAGUCAUCCUAAAGGACGUACGUUUCGCCGAGCUACGUACCCUCGUCGACUUCAUGUACAAAGGCGAGGUAAACGUCGAGUACUGCCAGCUAUCGGCCCUCCUUAAGACAGCGGAGAGCCUUAAGGUGAAGGGUCUAGCGGACAUGACGAACAUCAACGCGGCGGUAGCGUCGAGGGACGAGCAACAACAGCCGCAGCAGCAACAACAACAACAGCAGCAACAGCAAUCGCAACAACAACAGCAGCAACAACAACAGCAACAACACACAAGCACAUCCGAGGGUAUACAACGUGAGACGUCGCGAGAGCAUCAUCGGGAACGCGAGAGUAUAAAGGAAGCGAGCAAUAAAGAAAGAGACAGGGAUGGUAACACGUCCGGUGGUGGUGGUGGUGGUGGUGGUACGGUUGGUGCGCCACCAUCGAGUGGCAAAGAAUGCGACCAAACGCAACCGAACCUGGCCCAACCGCCCACCACCGAGUCCACCGAGGCGGUAGACAUGACGGAGUGUCCGCCGUCCCCCACCGGACCCGGUAGCCCCUGUCCAGGACCGUUGGCCCUCGAUCGACCAAGGCGAGACUCCGAAGACGCUGCCAGCCUAGAGGAAACGAGGGGCUCCCUCAGUCCAAUCUCGGUGCACAGCGGACCGUCGGACAUGAGUCUGAGCAACAACACCGGUGGCACGCCCGGUGUGCUACCGUUGAACCUACCGCAGAGCCGGCUUCCGUCCCCGCACAGUACAGAACCUCUCGCGGGCCCGUCGGGGUUACCUCCGGUCCAGCAAGUUCCACUUUCGUUAAAAAAAGAGAUGGACUGGGAGAGGUCGACCGAAGAGCGAAGUGCGAGCAGCGAAAUAUCCACGGACUACAUAUUUACGUUUAAACGUCGGUGUGCUAGUAGCCUCGCGUUCGAUUCAUCCGCGAUCGCCAUAUGUACUAUGCGUUGCUCAGAAGAUACCAAGCGAAUCCGAUUGGAGUUGAUGGGUGUGGAUGAGCGGGUGUUUGCGUGCAUGUACUGCGGUGCCCCGUUCCUCCACCAGAGCAAGCUGGCGCGGCACAUCCUAUCGCACAGCCUCGAGUCGCUCAAGUACCGUGAGCAGGCGGCCCACCUGCAGCUGCAGGCUCAGCUGGGCCUCGAGCCCGGUAUACACCUGCCGCCGGAGGCCCACUACCCCACAGCGGGUCCAAUCGAGCCGAUGGACCUGGAGCUCGCGGCCCACUCGGACCCGACCUCCGGCGUCGUACUCUGCAAGUUCUGCGGCAAAUCGUUCCCGGACGUCGGCUCGUUGAUCGCCCAUCUGCCGGCUCAUACAGGCGACCGGCCGUUCAAGUGCGAGUUCUGCGGCAAAGCGUUCAAGCUGCGCCAUCACAUGAAGGACCAUUGUCGGGUGCACACAGGGGAACGACCGUUCCGAUGCACGUUGUGCGGCAAGACGUUCUCGAGGUCGACGAUACUGAAGGCCCACGAAAAGACACAUUAUCCGAAGUAUGUGCGCAAGUUCCUGUCCCCGAGUCCCGUGGAUCCCUCCGAGGAAGAGGCCCCGCCGCCGCCACCGCCGCAUCAUUGAGUUCGCCUUAGCCCGUGCAAGAAGAACACUCAUCA